AUGACAUCUAACACGAGUCUUCCUCCAUCGCCCGAUCUAUUAUAUGGUCAGCUUUAUUUCGACAUUCAACUUGCUCAUGUAUUUUCCGACACAAAAAUUUUCGUGGAUUCCAUUCCAGACAUUUCACCAUCGGAACUAGUCGUUCUUUACGAACAUGAAAAAAUCUUACCGGAUUUUAAUCUUCUCACAUUCGUUAAUAAACAUUUUCAUCUUCCAUCAUGUACUGCUUUGACUUACACUAGUGAUCCAACAAUGGCUCCUAAAGAUCACAUAAAUAAACUAUGGGAUUUACUUUCUCGACCAGCUGAUACGCCAAUUGAAGGUAGUUCAAAAAUACCUCUUCCAUUCCCCUAUGUUGUUCCCGGUGGUAGAUUUCAAGAAAUUUUCUAUUGGGAUUCAUACUUCACCAUGUUAGGCUUAAUUCUUAAGCCUGAACGGCUACAUAUAGUUAGAGGAAUGAUUGACAAUUUCGCCUAUAUGAUUGACCGAUUUGGUUUUAUACCAAAUGGAAGUCGUACCUAUUUUUUAAGCCGAUCUCAGCCACCAUUUUUCGCCGAAAUGAUUCAGUUGUUAGCUGAUACAGAUCAUACAGAACAUAUCAAACAACGAUAUUUGCCUCAACUACUCAAAGAAUAUGAAUGGUGGAUGACAAAUACUGAUCAGUUGACAGAUGAACAACCAGUUAAAAGUCAUGUUGUACGAUUGCCCGAUGGCACGAUUCUCAAUCGAUAUUGGGAUCCAUUGACUACGCCUCGGCCAGAAGCAUAUCCAAAGGAAGAAGGUUAUCGUCAAAAAGCUGAGCAAAAGGGCAUCUCUGCUGAAAAAUUCUAUCAACAUAUCCGAGCUGCUUGUGAAUCAGGUUGGGAUUUUUCUUCACGUUGGCUAAUUGAUACUAAACGUAUGGAGACCAACCAUGCAGCAGAUAUUGUUCCGAUCGAUCUUAAUUGUCUUCUCUACUCUCUGGAGAAUUUAGUUGAAAGUACAUAUAACCAAAAAGGUGAUUUGGAAUCGAGUAAAAAAUUCGGAAGGUUAGCAGAAAAUCGAAAAAAUGCAAUUCAAAACAUUCAUUGGAAUAAUGAAACUAAAUUUUUUAUGGACUAUGAUUGGACACAAAAUCGAUCAACACCCGCUAUUACACUAGCUGGUGUUUAUCCACUCUUUUUUAAAUUAGCAACACUUGAGCAAGCAGCACAUGUUCAUGAACGUCUUGAAAAAAGUUUUCUACAAUCUGGCGGUCUAGUUACUACUCUAGAGAGAACUGGUGAACAAUGGGAUUGGCCGAAUGGAUGGGCACCCUUGCAAUGGAUAGCUUAUCAAGGUUUGAAGAAUUAUGGAUUCAAUAAGUUAGCAGCUGAAGUAAGACUACGAUGGUUGACUCUAAACGAUCGUGUAUUUAAAGAGACAGGAAAAAUGACCCAGAAAUACAACGUAGUGGACAAUGUGAAAGCUGGAGGUGGCAACUACCCUCUACAAGACGGAUUUGGUUGGACGAAUGGAGUCUAUUUAAAACUGUUGCAUGAUGUUUAA